UUAUGGACAUAUAUUUGUGAGCCAAGGUGAAGAUACGAUAGGUUCGCAGUACAAAAAGGUGGUUUAUAGAGAAUACAAAAACGGAGAAUUUAUGGAGCACAAAAAAAGGACAUUGAAAGAGGAACACCUACAAAUUCUAGGGCCUUUGAUUCAUGCAGAAGUUGGUGACUUAGUAGUAAUUGUCUUUAAGAACAAAGCCAGUAGGCCGUAUUCAGUAUCAGCACACGGGGUACAAGAAGAUGCUGGAACUAAAGCUCACAUUGCCGUGCCAGGAGAAACAAGCAUUUACCAAUGGAGAGUUCCAGAAAGAUCAGGUCCUGGUGUUUCUGAUCCUAAUUGUAUUUCUUGGGCUUAUUAUUCAACAGCACAUUUUGUAAAGGAUUUGUAUAGUGGUUUGAUUGGACCACUUAUAAUUUGCAGGAAGGGGAUAUUAAAUGAGAAUGGCUCAAGGAGUGAUAUUGAUCGUGAAUUUGUUCUUCUGUUUCUGGUUUUUGAUGAAAAUGAAUCUUGGUAUUUAAAUGACAACAUUGUAAGAUACCUGCGCAAAAAUCCUGAAGAAUUUAACCGCACCAAUAAUUUCAUGGAAGGGAACAAAAUGCAUGCCAUCAAUGGGAAAAUCUUUGAUAAUCUCCAUGGGCUUAUAAUGAAUGAAGGAGAAGACACAAAUUGGUACCUGAUAGGAAUGGGAAAUGAAAUUGAUGUCCAUACUGUCCAUUUUCAUGGAGAAACCUUUAUUUUCAAGAUAGAUCAUAAUCACAGAGGAGAUGUGUAUGACCUCAUCCCUGCAACUUUUCAGACAGUUGAGCUGGUAGCAUUUAAUCCUGGAACUUGGCUUCUACAUUGCCACGUGCACGAUCAUAUUCACGCGGGGAUGGAAACCACGUACACUAUAAUAAAAGCAGAAAAUGAAACAAAUCUUGACAACAGCAAGACUACUACAGCAGGUAACAGAAGAACAGAAAUAGAGUUCUUUGGGAAAACUCUGGGCCUGGAAGAAGCCAGUUCAGUCCUCCAAGCACUUUUUCUCACUGGAGUAGUGCUUCUGUUCAUUGUUUUGGUGUUCACGUCUAUUGUAGUGUGCCAGAAAAGAAAAGCCCAUUAUAAUUUAUUUGAGCACAAAUGCAACCUUCCGAUGGAGUCCCUCUAAUUUGACUACAUGUGGGACUGUAGUUCCAAUUAAUUAUUACUCUUUAUCAGUUGGUACCUUGAGAUCAAGAUAAGAAAGGAGGAGAAAAAAGAUACACGAUUAUAUUUACUAAAAGACUUCUGUAUAGGCUGUUUCUCAUAACCAAUCUAUCCACCAGCCCUUGUGCUGGUGUAAAGGUAUUAUUGCAUAAAUGGUAAUGUCCCCACUGCUGUUAUCUAUUCCACCACAAUAACAAGGCUAGCAAAGGGUGUUGUCCUUACUUAUUGUGAGCCAACUUAAGGAAAGGGAUUAAUGGAGUUCCUGCCUUCACUUCCAUUCCUGCCAAGCAUCACUCACUGCUGGGAAAAACCACCACCAAUCUCUCUUCCUAAUACGGGAUGGGGUGGUUUAGACAAACUCAUAGAACAGCCGGUUAAGCCAUCCAUCAAGCUGUCUGACUAACAGGUGACAGGCACUAAGGAAGGCGUUGGGUGAAGCUGAUGUUUUUCACAACCCCUUCUCUAUGGCUGUGAGUUGGCUUGCUUUCAGAUAAGGGUACAAUGUUCUUCUGAAGGAGCACUAAACUUGUUUAUCUGCCCUACAGGUAAGAAGUGCAGCAAGAGACAAGGGGUAAAAUGGGAGAGAGAGAGCGUCCUCACACCCCCUCCUCAAUGCCUGGUUCCUUUCAGCUGUUUCUGAACAUGGGUCUGGUGCCACUGGCAGAAGCAAUCAAGGAGUCCCAGUUCUGACUUCAUGGCUCACAGCACCCAGAAAUAGCUAUGAAAUGGCCAUGGAGAACACACCUGCUAGAGCAGACUUAUGGAAUCACAAAGUUGUGAUGAUUAUUAUUAUAUAUCAUCAUGAUACCUAGUGCCACCAAAACCAGAAUAGCCUGGGCAAAAUGAAAGCCAGUCAAGAACUCAGUUCUUUUUCCCGGUUUAAAUUGACCUUCAGGCUGGACUAGUGCUCUUUCUGAAAAACACUAAACCUACAUUCAAAAAAUAAAUCUAAUCUGUAAAAACCUAACAAGUGCUGUGGGAAGCACUGGUCACCCAUCACAUGGACAAUGUCUCUGUAGAAACCAGGUGCCUGGUCUCUUCUGUAGCUCAAGCCAAAAGACCUAGAGGGCAGUGUUUGAUGAUCAGGGUGGAGGGGGCUGCUCACAAUAAUGUAAAGUGGCCAUUAGGAGCUGGGCAGAUCCCAACCUCUGAUUGAAUUCAUAAAGCAGGCUAGAUUGUUUCUAGGGCCAAAACUCUGUUGGAAUAAAUGGAAAAGUACAACUUAAAAGUGGAACAGCUAAAGAUGACUUUAAGCUGUCUCAGGAGUGGGCUGGGGAUGGCAAUGAAGGCAAUCUCAAGAGGACCUAGUUGAAAAAAGAGGUAGUUGGAGCAUGUUUGUGCUGUGAUUAAAAACAAGUGAGAAACAGCCCUCAAACUGCUACAGAAUUCUGAGCAGAAUUUUUGUUGGGGUGAAACUAAGCUGCUCACAUAGGGGAGUUUACAAACACAUCUAGAGACUACUUCUAGUCCAAGCUGGAUAUAAACAGGACUCAGAGAAGAUUCAGACUCAACUCAGAAUCCAAAAUAAUUGUUCAUGCAGGUAGAAAACAUCUGAAGAAUGUUAUUUGAAUAUGACCUCAAGGGCUUCUUCAUGCAAUUUACAGGUGCCUGCUGGUCUUGAAUUAGUCAUUUAUCCUGGAAGCAUAAAUGUAUUUACAAAUUUCCAACAUUUUCUACAAGAUGUCUGCCACAGAGAUUUGUUCUGU